UUCCUUGUUAUUUGUUCUUUAGAUUAUCUAUUUCCCCUUUCCCUCCAACAUGUUGGAGAACAUUAACAAAUCAGUGAACAAAAAUGCAGCUAGAAAUAUAUAACAUGAAAAGAUUAAAUUUAUUCUUUACUUCUUUUUUUGAUUUUUUCAUUUGUUUAUAUAAAAAAAUCAAACUUGGUUAGAGAGAUCAACCACCUCACCAAUAUUCAUAUGUAUAUUCAAACUCUAUUAUUUUAUAAAAAAUACAUCAAAGAACUUCAAAUGUAAAAGAAGUAAACGUAUUGGUGCAGAAGCAAUGAAGAGUCGAUAAAUCAUCUACUUUUUGAAUGUCCUCUUGCUAUCCAAAUGUGGGCUUUGUCGGAUAUUCCAUCGCGUCCAGGACUGUUCUUGAGUACCUCAGUCUAUGAAAACUUUGAUUUUCUCUUGCUCAGAGCCCCAGCAAGAGGAGUUUCGACGCAAAGUCUAAAUAAGUUCCCGUGGAUUAUGUGGUACGUCUGGAAAGUACGGAAUGAUAAACUCUUUAACAGAGUCAAGGCGUCACUCUUGUAUACUCUUCGCAAAGCUACUUAAGAAUGCGAAGAGUGGAUGGUGGCACAACAAGCGAUGAAAGUAGGAAAGGCGAAGGAGCGCCCACUCGUAUCGAACCAGGAGGAGAUGAAUUGGUUGCGCAAACCGAGAUGUCAAGUUGAUGCAUCUUGGGCUACCAAUCAAUCUACUUUUGGGGGUGGUCUCAUGAUGGAAUUGCAAGAUGGGACCACGAUGUCUGGCUCCCUUGGGGGAAAACAAGUCCUUAUUCCCCUGCACGCAGAGAUGAACUCGCUACUCUGGGCUAUGCGAUCAUCUCUUCACUUGAGGCAUGAUUCUAUGCAUUUCGAGUCGGAUUGCCUGCAAAUGGUAAAGCUGAUCGAAGAAGAAGAUUUUUGACCAUCUUUGGUUCAUAAUGGUAAGAAUUUUUUCAUACUCGUUUUUUUAUUUACAUUGUUUUCCUUGUCUUUUAUCCCUCGUGGGUUUAAUGCUUGAGCCGAUUUCCUUGCGAAAGGAUUUGUGUGAAAGCUUCUGAAUUUUUCCAUGUAAAUGUUAUGGUUCCGUCGGGAUUAGCUGUUCAGCCUAACCCAAUUGAACCGGUUCAAUAAAGCAUGGUGUUCACAGUCAAAAAAAAAUUAAACGUUUUAACUUUUAAGUAUAAUUUGGUUUCUACCAACUUCAAAAUAUUCUCACAUAGAAAAUUCUCACAGUUCAUGGUUUAUUUACACCGCAUUAAACAAUCCGAACCAUGCCAAGUAUUUGAACUGAAAUAAAUGAAAUCCACAAAGAAGUGAACUCCAAAAAAACUGAGGAAACUCUGAGAAAGUAAAAGUUUGAUUAAAUCAAGUAUUUAUUGGUAUUGUAGUGGAGGAUUUCUCUGCAUAUAUAGAAUUGUAGACUAGAGAUCAAUUCUUGCUAUACGCAUGGAUACUUUCCCUAGUCACAAAAGGGUCCAUCUGAUUGAUUAUAAAAGAUAACGGACUUAUGAAAAAUAUAAAACAAAUUGAGGGUCUAGACUGAAAUAAUGAGAGUAACGCCCAUUCCGUGUUAAGAAAGUGUUGAAGUGUCAUCUCCUUAUAUAAAUCAAACCAAUAAAUUUGCAAGCUGUCGGGUGUUCAAACUCGCCGUUUAGUUUUACGUAAAUCUCGGAACGAGUUUUGCGUUAUUGGGAACUUGCUCCGUCGUUGAUUCAUUCCCUGUCAUAUUAGUUUACAUGGCAAUAGCUGCAGCUGUAAUAGUGCCUUUAGGCCUUCUCUUCUUCAUCUCUGGUCUCCUCAUGAACCUCCUUCAGGCAAUUUGUUAUGUACUCGUUAGACCUCUGUCUAAGAACACAUACAGAAAAAUCAACCGGGUGGUCGCAGAAACUUUGUGGCUUGAGCUUGUCUGGAUCGUUGACUGGUGGGCAGGAGUCAAGAUCAAAGUGUUUGCUGAUGAUGAGACCCUCAGUCGAAUGGGAAAAGAACAUGCUCUUGUCGUUUGUAAUCUACGAAGUGAUAUCGAUUGGCUUGUGGGAUGGAUUCUGGCUCAGAGGUCAGGUUGCCUGGGAAGUGCGUUAGCUGUAACGAAGAAGUCUAACAAGUUUCUUCCAGUCAUAGGCUGGUCAAUGUGGUUCUCAGAGUUUCUGUUUUUGGAAAGAAAUUGGGCAAAGGAUGAAAGCACAAUAAAGUCAGGUCUUCAACGCUUGAAAGACUUCCCUCAGCCUUUCUGGCUAGCCCUUUUUGUGGAGGGAACCCGCUUUACAGAGACAAAACUUAAAGCAGCACAAGAAUACGCAGCGUCCUCUGAGUUGCCUAUCCCUCGUAAUGUCUUGAUUCCUCGUACCAAAGGUUUUGUGUCAACUGUAAGUAAUAUGCGUUCAUUUGUCCCAGCCAUUUAUGAUAUGACCGUGGCUAUUCCAAAAACUUCUCCACCCCCAACAAUGCUAAGACUAUUCAGAGGACAGCCUUCCGUGGUGCAUGUUCACAUAAAGUGUCACUCGAUGAAAGACUUGCCUGAAUCAGAUGACGAGGCAAUUGCACAGUGGUGCAUAAAUCAGUUUGUGGCUAAGGAUGCACUGUUAGACAAACACAUAGCGGCAGACACUUUCCCUGGUCAGCAGGAGCAGAACAUUGGCCGUCCCAUAAAGUCUCUUGCAGUGGUUUUAUCAUGGGCCUGCCUACUAACUCUAGGAGCAAUUAAAUUCUUACACUGGUCAGAUCUCUUUUCCUCAUGGAAAGGCAUGGCGUUGUCGGCACUUGGUCUAGGUGUCAUCACUCUCUGUAUGCAGAUCCUGAUCCGUUCCUCUCAGUCAGAGCGUUGGACCCCAGCCAAGACAAAUGACCAUCACCACGCAGGAUCAUUCUCCCAAACAGAUGUGGAGAAGGACAAGUAAAAAAAGAUGAUUCUAACAGAUCAAACGACAUACACAACAAGAAGCUUGUCAGUUUUGUUAUAAGUAACCAAAAAAAAAAUAUCAAAGUGAAAUCCUUUAAUAUCAUCGAUUUUUGUCCAGUUAUCAGUACUAUCUACACUUCUGUAGACCUUAGGAUUUUCUGUUUGUUCUUAAGUUCAUAGUCCUUGUAUAACUGGAUAGUUUCUAUUAUUAGAUUUGAAUUUGGGAUUGAUCUUUAGACUUGCUUUAUCGAAAACAGCUUAUUUUUGCAGCUUAUGCAAGUCAUAUUACUGAUAAGUUGAGGAAGAUUACGGUAGCAGAUAUUAUAAAGAGUUUGGAAGUGUCUGUAAUACCAUUCGCAGUUCAUAUGGGUGAAAGUUACAUAUGGAAGUGUCUGUAAUACCAUUCGCAGUUCGUAUUCACAAGCUUAAAAAUCUCUAUAAGCCUGAUCAUUAUCCGAAGCACACUGAUAUAACUGAAGCAGACUUGCCAGACACAAUGACGGUUAUGUUUUUGAGGAAGUUGGAAGAUGCUAAGCAUGCUAUAGACACUCACAUGAAAAUGCUCUGUAGAAUCAAAGGGAUAAAGGUUGACAAAGAGACCGGUCCAAAAUCUGGAAAUGAAACAGAUAAUUAUGAUGAGGCCGAGGGUAUAGAGGCUGAUCAUCUUGAUGCAGAUGCACAGAAACGUAAGAAGCAAGAAACAGAAGAGCAGGUUAUGAGGAAAUUUGUGACGUUGAGAAGGACGAACCAUCGUUCACUAGUGGAGUAGAUAACCUUGAGAUGGAUAAUGAGGAUGAGAGCACAGAAGGUUGGUUUAUACACUUUCUUAAAGCUGUUGCCCUUAUGACUCUAAUGUGUGGUAAGCUUCUAAAGGUUGGUUUAUACAUUUUCUUACACUCAGGUUGCUCACAGUGCCGUGCCUAGACUAUAUGGAGCCUUAGGCAAUUCUAAAAAUUGGGGCCGAAAUAAAAUUUACUUUUUUUCUAAUUGUUGAGUUAGUAAAAAAUAAUAUGAAAAUAGUUAAUGAAAGUAUUUAUUAAGAUUGUUUACAUGUAUGCAAAGAAUGAUGACCCAGAAAAUCACACCCAUGAUAAUUAAAAAAGAAGAAGUUAAAACUGUAAUUGCAAAGUUAUAAAAGUAUCCAAUAUCAUAAUACCAAAUGAAUAAGAAGAAUAUAUGAAAGAACUAUGAAGAAAAAUAAAACAUAUACAGAAAA